UAAACCAUAGUAUCCUCUCAAAGUCUAUGCUUGCCAACAUGUCGAAAGAGUCAAGUGGGCAAGUCGGACAUUGUUCAAGUAAGCAAUUUGUCGUCAUAUCCUGUACUCAUAACGUGCACUUCCCGAAUCGUCCGCUGUUCUGGUUAAGAAGGCCAAAUAGCGACAACCCGCGUAUUCCAGGCGUGAUGUCUGCGACGUUACGUGUGCUGUACUCCGUGUCCAGGCCAGGCGCUUUUGCCCUCAGCCACAGUAUAGUACGUCCCAUUAGCCUCUCAGCUCAAAGGGAAGGAUUCAAGUAUGUCAAUGCUCAGGAGGUCCCCACAGACAUGAAGUCCAUCACCGAUCGUGCAGCUCAGACCCUACUGUGGACUGAGCUCUUCAGAGGUUUGGGCAUGACCAUGAGCUACUUGUUCAGGGAGCCAGCUACGAUAAACUACCCGUUUGAGAAGGGGCCCUUGUCCCCCCGCUUCCGUGGUGAGCAUGCACUGCGUAGAUACCCAUCAGGAGAGGAGCGCUGCAUUGCCUGCAAACUGUGUGAAGCCAUCUGUCCAGCACAGGCAAUCACGAUUGAGGCUGAGCCCCGUGCUGACGGCAGCAGGCGGACAACGCGCUAUGACAUAGACAUGACCAAAUGUAUCUACUGUGGCUUCUGUCAGGAGGCCUGCCCUGUGGACGCCAUUGUGGAGGGACCCAACUUCGAGUUCUCCACAGAAACUCAUGAGGAGCUGCUGUACAACAAGGAGAAACUGCUCAAUAACGGAGACAAGUGGGAGGCCGAGAUUGCUGCCAACAUUCAGGCUGACUACCUCUACAGAUAAACAGACACACACACACACACACACAUGCAUACACACAAACGCACAGAUUGAUUUGAUGCACACUGACUGACUACAAAGGGACGUUGACUGACAGUGACUCAAACCAUUGCAGAUUCAUACAUGUACACACAUCCUCUAUAAUGGGCUCACUUAGACUCUCCCUGUGACUUGGCUCUACCAUAUUCUCUGACAGACCUGGACAAACACAUACUUACACACAAGCACUUCUCAUGGCUAUCCUAUAGAGGCAACCCAAAGUUGUGAACCACCCGCACCUUAACCUCACCCCAUGUAAACACAGUCUGUUUCAGUAACAGCCUCUGACUCGACUUUAACGCAAUUUGGUUGACUCUGGGUGGGUGUUUAAUCUUUACAACAAGGUGUGCUCCUCAAGGGAGAUGGGUGGAUCAUAACAGCAACUUAUUCUUCACAGCAAGGCAGCCAAUAUCCCUCAACCUUCUCCCUAUCUGUAUCCACCCUACUACAGUGAGUAGGAGGUAUCGGAAGUGUGUUAUUCAGUUAAUGCUUCAUAUGAUUGCCUUCCUAAUACAUAAAUAAAAAUGUAUGCGUUUGUCUGGAGAAUUGUACAGAGAUUAAAUAUUUGUGAACCUAAAGGAAAUGAUUAAAUUAAUGUUCUGUCCUAAGUUUUCAAA